AUUUUGCCACAGCUGUUCGCACGAUUGAACCAUCCAGUGGCUGCAGUGCGUGAUACGUUAUGCACUCUGUUGGAGAGAAUAGCGGCUCUAUCACCGCACGCAGUCUGUUUUCCAGCCGUAGUGGGUACAACACAGCCGUUGGUAAUGCAUUCGGCUGAGUCGGAUGACGAGGGCGAGGAUUCGGAGAGUGACGACGUGAACGGUCACAUCGAAGGAGAGUUGUUGCAUGAUGCCAAGAAACGCAAAGUGGAGCAACCCGGCUCAGGCUCACAACAUUAA